CAGUGACCUGGCACUGAGAAGCCACGCUGGCGUAGAUAAAGGCAAGCUGAGGUGGCAAUUGAAACUGUUUGACCCAAUGUGGUCCCUAUACCUAGUUUUAAUCCCAAUUUAUAGCAUGGCAUCGUCACCCCUCUUCAUCUUCUUCUCUCUGCCCAGCAACGUUCUUCAUUGUCUUCGUUGUUCCUACUUGUUGAACUGCAAUGAAAACCAUGAUUGGGUGUGCGAGCCAGGGUCAAGGAAGCUCAACACGAUCGAUGACGAGAACGCGGAGUUGGACCAGACCGUCGCGGGUACCAGAGCGGUGUGGGUGCGGCUGCCGGCUGGUGCUUCGUUGGUCCGGAACAACUACCAACCCAGAUAAGCCCUUCUUCGGUUGUCCAAAUUACAAUACUAGGGGAAAAACAUGGUGUGGAUUUUUUCUCUGGGCUGAUGAUGUAGAAGAAGAAGAGGAACAUGAAGGAAGAGUGGAUGCAACUGCAGUUGACAAUGAGCAAGUGAGAGUGAAUUUAGCCUGGAGGAUUGGAAAAUUGGAAGUUGAAAUGAGAACCCAAAAAUCUAUGAUACAAUUCUUAGGCAUAGUGGUAUUUUUCACUGUAGUUGCUGUGUUGAUUAUGACUUUGAAGUUCUGA